AUGUAUGAUACGUUCGUGUUAGCGGCUGACAAAGAUAUUAGGGUUCUGUUUCAUUGCGUAAGGAGUUUUCCGGAGGUCAGAAUACAUGAGCUGUAUGCGAAGUUGGAGGUUGCUGUGGAUAGUUCUGGGGCAUCGGCUCCUGUUCACAGCUCGACUACCGCAGGUGGUGCGUCUUGCUCGGUGCCUGCGAUCCGGCCAUCUGUUCCGCAGGUUGUCUCACCUUUCUUUGCGGCUGAUUUGGUACAAACGGAGGCAGUUCGUACUGUACGUUCCCCUAAUCAAGGGGUCCGGCAGCAGGCAUUUCAGGGGGAAUCAGGUCGUGCCAUAGAUGAUGAAGUUCAAGGCUUUGGGGAACCUGAUCGAGUAGAAAAUACAAUGCGGGACGAUGACUCUGAGCAGGAGCCUGUAAAUAUCUUUGGAGACAGCGAUGAUGACACCGGUGCUAAACCACAUGCACAACAAGGUCCUUCAAGUUCUGGCACACAGCAUUACCCUCCACACUUCUCCGCUAUAAACUUGGAGGCUCUGGGUGAACACCCGGCGGGAAUUGCUACAGUUGGCGGUUCGUCAACAGAAUUUCAGAUUAGGCAAUCCUUCCAGAGUAAAGAUGAAGCUGUUCUUAGUGUGAAGGACUAUAGCAUCCGUCGAGGUGUUGAGUACCGAGUGUUGGAAUCGGACCAUCUGAAGUAUCAUGGAAAGUGCAAGGAUUUCGGCAAAAGUUGUAGUUGGCUGAUUCGGAUUUCGCUCCGUGCACGAAAGGGCACUUGGGAGGUUAGGAGGUACAACGGUCCCCACACUUGCUUAGCCACAUCUAUUUUCAGUGAUCACCGUCAGCUUGAUUACCACGUUAUCUGUGCGAGGAUUUUUCCGUUGGUUAGUGCGGAUGCUGCAGUACCGAUCAAGGUGUUGCAACAAGCAACUGAAGCUGAUUACGGCUUCAAGCCCAGUUACCGGAAGGUUUGGAAAGCAAAACAGAAGGCAGUUGCACAAAUAUAUGGAGAUUGGGAAGAGUCUUAUGCCGAGUUGCCACGUUGGAUGCUAGGGGUGCAGUUGACGAUGCCCGGGAUAGUUACUGUGUUGCAGACCUCUCCUGUUCGAGUUAUGGACCAGAUUGAUGAGUCAACAGUGUACUUUCAUCGUCUAUUCUGGACAUUUCCACCUUGCGUUGAGGCCUUCCAGCAUUGCAAGCUGCUUGUGAGUAUUGAUGGUACCCACUUGUACGGCAAAUAUGGAGGCACCUUACUGUUGGCGAUUGCACAGGAUGGGAACUCAAACAUCCUCCCGAUAGCAUUCGCCCUUGUGGAGGGGGAAAAUGUAGAGUCAUGGUCUUUUUUCUUGUCCAACUUAAGAACGCAUGUGACGCCACAAGAGGGUAUCCUUGUUAUCUCAGACAGGCAUAACGGCAUCAAGGCUGCACUUGAGAAUCCCGUGAAUGGUUGGCUGCCACCACGUGCUUAUCGGGCGUACUGUAUCCGUCAUGUGGCAGCAAAUUUCAGCCUUUCUUUUAAAGGUAAAGAUGCCAGAAGGAUGCUGGUUAAUGCGGCGUAUGCAAAAACUGAGGCAGAGUUCUAUUACUAG